AUGCUCAUCACACUCAAAAUCCAGCUCGCCAUUUUGGCUACAAUUUCAACCGUAUAUGCCUCUCCAGUGGAGGAUCGCGCAUCACGAAAGUCAUGCGACAAUUACUCGACCGCUCCUUGUAAAUGUCCUGCCGGAACCACAUUUGGCAAUUCUACUACCUUUGGAUACAUCGGAGCUGCUGCAAAAGACCUGUACGACAUCGCAGCCAACUUCUACACCACUGACUAUCUUGGCCUUACCCUCGUGAAGAAACAGGGCAAUCCGAAAACAGUUGGAAGCAUCAGAACACUGAACGUUACAUACAACAAUAGUACUUACCAACUCACUGAGCCGCUCAAUGUCUAUUAUGAGACAAGAGAUGGAGGUUUCGAACAGCAGUUCAAUUUGUCCACCGUUCCUCUCACCGUCCCCGCUGCCCAAGGUGGCGGAGUCUUCGGUGGCUACUGGGUAACAAUGCACGUCCAGCAGGUUGCUGAUCAUGUCAGCUGGAUGAAAUGGGGAGUUUACCGCUGUGUUUCUGGCAAUCCUUUUGACUUCACUGGCUUCCAUGAGGUGAACAUGGCAGGUCUGUCGGAGACUCUCAGAAAGAAGGGAAAGUUGGUUAAUAAGAGCUCGGUUCCUUACUCCAUUGGAGAUUAA